GGCGGGAGCCGGCGGGGUCCCCGAGUGCGCGGUCCCGGGAGCCGCUUCUGAGGACCCGUGGCCGGGGCGAGGGGCGUCGGUUCCGUUCCAGCGUCCGGACCCAGCCUUGGGGGCCCAGAGGGUGCGCUCUGAGGAGGCCCUGCUGCUGUUGCCGCUGCAAAGGCUGGUCUCCCUGAACACGCUGCAAGCACGUGAAGGUAGUGGAAGUCCCCUGGCCAUGGAUAAAUUCGUCAUUCGAACGCCCAGAGUCCAGAGUAGCCCUCGGAAGAAAGAUGCUGGAGGGAAGACUUACAGGCAGGCCACGAUUGAAUCUUUGAAGAGAGUUGUGGUUGUAGAAGACAUAAAAAGAUGGAAAACUAUGUUGGAGCUUCCUAAUCAAACCAAAGAGAAUCUAGUUGAAGCCUUACAAGAAUUAAAGAAGAAAAUACCCUCCAGGGAAGUGUUAAAAUCAACAAGGAUAGGUCAUACCGUGAACAAGAUGCGCAAACACUCAGAUUCAGAGGUGGCUUGUCUUGCCGGAGAAGUGUAUACUGAGUGGAAAACUUUCAUUGAAAAACAUUUGGAUAGACCUGCUAUUGAAGUUCGAAGUGAUCCCAAAACUGAGUCCUUUAGGAAAAAUGCCAAAAAAUUACUGUCAGAAGCCUUGGAAUUAAAGAUGGAUCACCUACUGGUUGAAAAUAUUGAGCGGGAAACGUUUCAUCUCUGCUCCCGCCUCAUUAAUGGGCCAUACCGGCGGACGGUGAGAGCUCUGGUCUUCACAUUAAAGCACCAAGCUGAAAUCCGGGCUCAGGUGAAGAGCGGCUCGCUGCCGGUCGGCACGUUUGUACAGACCCACAAAAAGUGACCUGGGGACGGUCCCAACCCUGGGCCAGGCAGAGAGGAAAUGGGCCUCUCUCUGCCAUUCAAAGACUCUUUUGAGUUUGGGUGAUGGCUGGUGAGGGCUGAGCUAAAUUUUCCCAUGGUGCCAUUCCUUCAGAGGGAGGAAGCAGAGAGCCCUGGGAGACAGGCCUGCAGGAACAUGCUUCAUUAGCUGUAGCAUGCUGCUGCCGCCCAACAGGACGCACACUGGCUGUCACUGGGAAGCGCCGUACGGUUGCCAUCACCCAACACGGUGAAAGGGUGAUAGAUUUCACUGUGAGUACGCCAAGGACACCUCUAAACUUCCCCAUGUCAGGCAGAUGAAGUUCCUGCUUUAUUUCCCCACCCUGCAGGUAACUGAAACUCAAUUACUGCUGCUGCUCACUCGGUUCCGUCCCCCUGAGUUUAGAUAGCUCUGGUGCCUCUCAGAACUCCCCUUCGCUUCUCUUUGCUCUACCCCAGGGGUGAGCCUGCCAGAGCCAGCACACUACCCCUUCUUGCCAGAGCUCACUUAUCUGAGCAUUUCAGCUCUCCCUGGAAGACCUUCCGCGUUGGUCUUGGAGCCCCCAUGCUGUGGCUUCUAAUGAGGAGCUGGCCUCCAGCUCCCCCCACCUCGGGGUUGAUUUGAAUACGGCGGCCGCUCUCCGUGGGGCUCAGUGGAAGAUACAUAAUGAAAUUUCUCUUGAAAUGAAUUAUUGCAGUCGAAAAAACUACAUCCAUCCAUAAUUUAAAAUGAAGUACCUCUAUACAGGCCUGUUUGAACAAUUAUGUAAAUGAUACUUGGUUUUUAAAAAGAAUAAACUGGGUUUUUUUUCCUAAAACAAAA